CGAAGAGGAAGUGCGGAGAAAUGAAACAACAUUGAUAAACAGGCCAGGCCGAACCAGCAGAAACUACGUUUGCGUGCGUUUAGACUCAGUUACGCGUUAAAUAACGCUUCUCUAAGCGCAGCUACUUCGGAUAAGACGUUAAAAUCGGCGUCGCUUUCGACACAGGUUGUUAUAAUUGAGGUCGGAAGAGGGGGAAAGAGAGAAUAUGUAACUUAGGAGUCAUUCCUCUCUUCGUGCCCGUCUCCACUUUCCUCCCGAGCGAGAAGAAACCGAAACCGCACUAGAGACCGACUGAUCGGAGAGCUGGGCAGACGGUUCGCGGAUCUGCGCUCUCACCGACGAUGGCGGAUAGCGCUGGGGCGGAGGCCAGCGGUUCUGUGGGCACCGCGCAGUUGUCCUCGAGUUUGGGUAAUUCUGUACCGGGGCACUCAUCAGCCUCACCAGAGACCGGCCUGGCUGUGGUCGCUCCCGUGAUCGCGCACACCAUCACCCCGGCCGUGGAGAGCGGACUCGGUGUGCUGACCCAUGCGGUCCCCGUGAUGGCCGUGUCUCCAUCCGUGCAGCCCGGUAUCGGAUCAGCAGUCCCGGCCGGAGCGGGCCUCCUGUCCCAAAUACACGCCACCUCCUGGGAUCCCACCUUAAGCACCGACUGGGACAACGAGAAGGCGUCUCAGCAGUGUAUUCUUCGGAUAAAAAGAGACAUUAUGUCCAUUUAUAAAGAACCUCCUCCAGGUAUGUUUGUGGUUCCCGACCCUCAUGACAUGACCAAGAUUCACGCCCUCAUCACCGGCCCCUUCGACACACCUUAUGAGGGAGGCUUCUUCCUCUUCCUGUUCCGCUGUCCUCCUGACUAUCCCAUCCACCCUCCACGUGUCAAACUGAUCACUACCGGACACAACACUGUCCGUUUCAACCCCAACUUCUACCGCAACGGCAAAGUUUGCCUCAGCAUCCUGGGCACUUGGACUGGUCCAGCGUGGAGUCCUGCCCAGAGCAUCUCCUCUGUACUCAUAUCCAUACAGUCCCUAAUGACAGAGAACCCUUACCAUAAUGAGCCAGGCUUUGAGCAGGAAAGGCAUCCAGGUGACAGCAAAAACUAUAAUGAGUGUAUCCGCCACGAGACCAUGCGAGUUGCAGUGUGUGAUAUGCUAGAGGGCAAAGUGUCAUGUCCUGAAGCCUUGUGGAGCGUGAUGGAGAAAUCCUUCCUGGAGUACUAUGAUUUCUAUGAGGGGGUCUGCAAAGAACGCCUGCAUCUCCAAGGGCAGAACAUGCAGGAUCCUUUUGGUGAGAAGAGAGGUCGUUUUGACUACCAGGGUCUGUUGACCCGUCUCAGAGCCAUCCAGAGGCGACUGCGGGAAAAGUGCCCGCCCGAGGACAACAACGGCGACUCUGACUCAGACACCAGCUCUUCUGGCACCGAUCCGGACAGUCAGGGCAGCUCACAGCCUUAGAGUGCCCUCUAGGGGUGCGAAGCGAGCAAGGUUAGAUCGUUUCCCUUUACCUGCAGCUCCGGACUCCUCUCAAGCGAGCACAGAUGUAAGGAGUGCUGAAAAACCUGAAGAUUCGACUGACAGAGGACAGAGUUUCUGUCUCUUCCAAUUGGUUAAGAUUUUUCCUCUCACUCCUUGUGUGCUGGCCAGUGAUUGCCUUUUGUUUUGCUGUUUUGCUUUGUUUUUCCCUAAUGGAGAAGAGGUUCAGUCAAUGGAGGAAUGAGGUGUAUAGAUGUAUGUGUGCGUGUGUACAUUUGUUAGUGACAAAGAUGUAUACGCCGGUCAUCACAGCCUCGACCUUUGAGUCCAUGUUUCUCUGUCCCUUCCUGCAUCCAGUGUAGAGCUUACAGAAGCAAGAAGUCAUACUAAGUCAAAUAAUUGAUGAUAAUAAAAUCACUCUUAAAACAAACCGGUUUACUUGCAAAUACACACAUUUCACACUUCGUUUUUUUGAGUUUCCUGGUCUUUUUGUUCCUCCGUUUCGAAAACAUCAUUUAAAAAUGAAUAUGAUCACAGAUUGAGAUACAAAUUCAUAAUUAAUUGAAUCCACACUUUAAGAGCAAGACAAAUGGAUGCAUCUUUAAAAAAAAAAAUGUAUAUAUAAUUGUUCAUAGAGAAGUUUUAUUUUAAUGUUCAAUGUUCUUAAAAUGCUAUUGAACUGGUGGAAGUAUCAGCAGCCUGCCAAGCGCUUCUAGGAACGGUUGCCUUUUGAGUGUCGUCGACUUGAUGGAAAUACAGUUUUGUUUGGUGAACUUCAAUCUGUCUCUCAUUGUGAAGCUGUUGAGUGUCAAAUGAGACAUCUGUUCUGUUAUUGUUCUGGGAAUAACCUCGAAUUUUCAACAAGACAGAAACGUACUUUUACUUUCUUUUCUUUGUUAUUUCACUCAUAACGCUUAUAGACUGCGAUUCCAGUCCAGCCUCCACUCGUAGUGUCCCUGGACACUGCUACAGAUGUUGUUCUCUUUACCGGGGAUACUGUGGUCACUGUGUCCUCAUAUGCAACAGGACGAAGCUGCGUAAUACAGACCUGGGGGAAAAGGAGUGGGAUAAUAUUCAACUGUUACUUGACACAGUGGUUCAUGAGUAUCUAUGCUCCUAAAUAUUUUGCAAAAAUGAAUUGCAAUCCAUCCCUUUAAAUAGCAGGCAUAUAGUUUUUCACAGCAUGCUAAACACAACCAAACUGGCAGCCUUUAGUAUUUUGUAUACAUGUACAAUUAUAAUGCAUUUUAUUCAUGAACAAGCAGAUUGCAUAUAGUCUUCUAUUAAGUGAACCACAAAAUAACUACUUUAACAAAGUUUUACAUUCUCCGAUGGGCCCAAGUACAGUUCUGAGGUUUUUUGCAUGUGCUAGAGAGAAUAUAUUCUGGUCUAGGACAUCAUAUUUUGAUAAGACAACACUGUUAGGUGGCUUGAUUGUUUGUUUUGAAUGAAAAAUUUGACUCUUAAGUCUGUUUCUCUUCUAGAACGCCUUGCAACAGGAACCAGUUCCCUGACUAUAAGUUUGACUUUGUGAUGUACUAAUGCUUUUCCCUUGUUAGCAAAAUGAGAAUGAAUUAUGUAAAUAAUUAAUGUAUCAAUCAAUUGCAACUGUAAGGAGAAAGUAUAUAUAAAUCUGGUUCUGAUUA